UAUCAUAUGCUUUAAUUAAUUCACAAAACAAAUCUUUAUUAUAAUAUUUAUGGAUUUAUCUUAAAUUACUUUUUUUUGUAUAGAGUAAAGAUGUUUUAAUAUUAUAAAGAAGAAUAAUAGGAUGUUGUAAAGCUCCAGAGCCAACGGAUAUAAUAUGGAAAAACUGCGCUUUUAGUAACUUUUAAAAAUAUAAAAAUAGAGGAGUUUCAUUUAUGAUAACAACAAUAUUAGUAUCAUUUAGCUUUGUUUCAAUAUUCUCUAUAAAGGAAUAUUAUAUUUAAACUAAAAAUAAUUACAAAGAUUAUCUUAAUAAUAACUAUAUAAGAAUAUUUGUUUUUUUGCUAUCUAUUUUAUCAUCGUUUGCAAUAUCUUUUAUAAAUAGUUGUUUGAAAAUAAUAACUAGAUUAUUAUCAUAAACUGAGCUAAGAUCUACAUCUACCCAUUUAAAUAUUGCAAAUGCUUAAAAACUCUCCAUAGCCUAAUUUUGUAAUACUGCAUUUAUAGUAUUAAUUGUAAAUUUAUCUAUUGAUUAUAAUUCAAUUUGGACAAAUAGUGGAAUUAUAAAUUAAGUAACUUUAAUUAUGUUAACAAAUAUUGUAAUUCCUCCUAUUUCAAAUUAUUUUGAUAUAUUUGCUUUAUUGCGCAAAAUGAAACGAAAAAAAGUAUCAUAAAACCCAGAAUUAUUUAGUUAAGGAGAAGCUAAUAAUUUGUUUGAAGCUACUCCUUUAGAUAUGUCAGUUAAAUAUUCUAAUAUUAUUAAAAUUUUGUGGUUUAUUGGAUUCUAUAGCCCUUUAUGUCCAUUCUUAACUAUUUUUGGUAUUAUUUAUGUUUUUUUAAACUACUGGGUAGACAAAUAUUUACUUAUAAAUAGAUAUGCUAGACCUAAUAUGCUGAGUAGUGAUUUAAAUUUUGAAAUUAUUUAAUUAUAUGAAUAUUUCUUUAUUUGUGUCGCGUUUGGUAAUAAGUAUUGGAUGGAAUAUAUGGAGUAUAAUGGUGAUUACACCAUAAUGAAUUUGACUAUUAUAAUUAGUGCUAUAAAUUUUUAUAUCCCUUCUGAAAAACUUAAUAGAUAAAUGUUUAAAACUGUCGAAAGUACAAACUUUAGUACUAAUUAUUAAUAAAAUAGGUUUUAAUUUACUACAGAAUAUGAUAGAACUAAUCCUAUUACAAAAUAGAAAGCUAUUAAUUCCUUUAUUAAAGAAAUUUAAUGUAAUUUUUUUUUAUUUGAAAUAAUAUUUUUUUUUAAUAAUCAAAAAUAAAAGAAAAAAAAAGUCCUUAAUAAGAUAAAAAUUAAAAUUAAAUAAAUCAGGAUAAUUAAAUUAAUAAAAAUAUUAUAAAUUAAUAAGAUAAUAAAAUAUAUAUUAAUAAUAAUACACAAUUAUAAAAUCCAUCAUCAUAUUAUCUAAAUGAUUAAAAUUCAUUAUUAGAAAAUAAAAAUUAUUAAUAAAACAAAUAUCCAAUAUUAACAAAUAAUAAUAUUAUAUUAUAAACAUAAAAUCAAAAUAUAAAUUAAAAUAACUAAUAAUAAAAUAUAAUUUAAAAUUAAUUAUAUAAUUAAUAAUAGAAUUAUUAUUAAUAAUAAUAAUAAUAAUAAUAAUAAUAAUAAUAAUAAUAAUAAUUAUUAUUAUAAUAAUAAUUUUAACAAUAUAAUUAAUGUUAAAUUUAGGAUGUUAGAUUAGGUGUUUAAUAUAAUCCUUAGUUAUAAAAUUAAUAUUUUAUUUAAUAGAAUCAAAAUGAUAAUUUAAACAAUUAAUAAUAUAAAUGAUUAUCAAUAUUUAUUAUAUAAUAAAUAAUACAUAAUAAAAUAUAAAAUUUAAAAAUUUAUUUUUACAAAUUUUUUUUAUUUUUAUUAAUAUAUUAUGAAUUUUUUCUUUAUUAAUAUUUUUUUUUUUAGUUAAUUUAUUCACAAUAUUAUAUUUCAGCCUAAUACUUAUUUAUUAUAUUAUAUUUUUUCUAAAUCUUUAUUUUUUUUUUACUUACAAUUAUUUUAAAUCUAUUCCAUAUUUUUAUUAUAUUAAUUGUUUAAUUUUAUAAUCAAGAAUUAAUAUUUAUUUAAUAUUAAUUUAUAAUAAAACAUUUUAUUUUUAUAAUCUAAAAAUAUAUUAUAAUUGAAAUAUUAAAAUAAUUAUUUUUAAUCUUUAUAUUUUAUAUUAUUUUAAUUACUUAAAAUAUUAAAAAUUAAUUUCAUAUAUAUUAUUUUUAAAAAUAAUAAUAAUUAAUAAAAAAUCAAUUUAUUAGAUUAUAAAAAAUAUAUUAUAUUUUAAGAAUUUUUUUAAAAAAAAAUAAAUUAAGAAAUCUAUUUAAUUUUUUUUUUAAAUAUUUUGAAAACUAUUUAUAUUUAUUAUCUUUAAAAUUAGUAAAGAAUAAAUAUAUGUAACUAAAAAUCAUAAAUUAGUAAAUUUUAGGGUAAAACAAGGUGA